GGGAGCCGUGAGUUUCUUCUGCCGGGCCCCGGAUCUCGGCCUCGGUCCUGCCGAGGAGGCCAUGGCGCUUCGAGGCGCCCAGAAGGUGCUCUGCGUGGCGGAGAAGAACGACGCAGCCCGGGGCAUCGCGGACAUCCUCUCGGACAGCAGGAUGCGGAGGAGAGAAGGAAUGUCCAAGUUCAACAAGAUCUAUGAAUUCCAGUAUCUCUUGUUUGGCCAGAAUGUAACUUUGAUUAUGACAUCUGUGUCCGGACAUUUACUGGUUCACGACUUUAAGUCACCGUUUCGGAAAUGGCACAGCUGUAACCCUCUGGUCCUCUUUGAUGCAGAACUCGAGAAAUUCUGCCCUGAAAACUACAUGGACAUUAAGCGUACCCUUGAGCGAGAAGUUCUGCAGUGCCAGGCCCUGGUGAUCUGGACUGAUUGUGAUCGUGAAGGGGAAAACAUUGGCUUUGAAAUCAUUCACGUUUGUAAAGCAGUGAAGCCAAAUCUCCAGGUGUUCCGAGCCCGCUUCUCAGAGAUCACACCUCGGGCCAUCAGGUCCGCUUGCGAGAACCUCACCCAGCCAGAUCAGAAUGUCAGCGACGCUGUGGAGGUGAGACAAGAGCUGGAUCUCCGAAUAGGGGCUGCCUUUACACGGUUCCAGACAUUGAGGCUUCAGAAGAUCUUCCCUGAGGUAUUAGCAGAACAACUAAUCAGCUAUGGGAGUUGUCAGUUCCCAACUCUGGGCUUCGUGGUGGAAAGAUUCAAAGCUAUUCAAGCCUUUGUCCAAGAAACAUUCUACAAAAUUAAAGUGAUUCAUGACCACGAAGAGGGUACCGUGGACUUCAGCUGGAAGAGGCAUCGUCUUUUCAACCACACAGCAUGCCUUGUUCUCUACCAGAUGUGCAUGGAGGCUCCUGUGGCUACCGUUGUGGAGGUUGGAAGCAGACCGAAGAGUAAAUGGAGACCUCUGCCGCUGGACACUGUGGAACUUGAGAAAUUGGCCUCCCGUAAACUGAAAAUAAAUGCCAAGGACACCAUGAAGAUUGCCGAGAAGCUUUAUACCCAAGGGUACAUAAGUUAUCCUCGAACAGAAACCAACAUUUUCCCCAGAGACUUAAACCUCUCCCACCUGGUGCAGCUUCAGACCCAAGACCCCCACUGGGGAGGCUUUGCGCAAAGGAUCCUAGACGGAGGUGGGCCAACCCCACGGCAAGGAACAAAAUCAGAUCAGGCUCACCCUCCCAUUCAUCCCACCAAAUAUGUCGGUAAUUUGCAGGGGAAUGACCAGCGCCUGUACGAAUUCAUUGUCCGGCACUUUCUGGCCUGCUGUUCCGAAGAUGCUAAAGGGCAAGAAACAACGGUGGAGAUUGAUAUUUCUAACGAGCGCUUCGUGGCUCAUGGAUUGAUGAUCCUCGCCAGAAAUUACCUGGAUGUCUACCCUUACGAAAGGUGGAGUGAUAAGGUUAUCCCUGUCUAUGAGAAGGGGUCUUGCUUUCAACCCACCACAGUGGAGAUGGUGGAAGGGGAGACCAGCCCACCCCAGCUGCUCACAGAAGCCGAUCUCAUUUCCCUGAUGGAGAAACACGGCAUUGGGACUGACGCCACCCACGCGGAACACAUUGAGACCAUCAAGUCCCGCAUGUAUGUGGGGCUCACCCCAGACCAGAGGUUCCUGCCAGGACACCUGGGGAUGGGGCUGGUUGAAGGCUACGACUCCAUGGGCUAUGAGAUGUCCAAACCUGAUCUUCGAGCCGAACUAGAAAAUGACUUGAAGCUGAUGUGCGAGGGGAAGAAGGACAAGUCUGUCGUGCUCAGAGAGCAGAUCCAGAAGUAUAAGCAAGUCUUUGUGGCCGCUGUGGAGAAGGCCAAGAAGCUGGAUGAGGCUUUGUCUCAAUAUUUUGGGGAAGUGACCCGCGUUGCACAAGAAGAAGACAUUUACCCUGCAAUGCCAGAUCCCGUUAGGAAAUGCCCCCAGUGCAACUCUGACAUGAUCUUGAAGACCAAGAAGAACGGAGGCUUUUAUCUCAGCUGCUUGGGCUACCCCGCUUGUAAAUCUGCGAUCUGGUUUCCUGACUCCGUGUUGGAAGUCAGCAAGGAUAAUUCCGUCUGCGACGUCUGCAAGCCACCCCCGGUGCAUCGGCUGAAAUUGAGAUUCAAGCGGGGCAGCCUCCCUGCCAUGAUGCCUCUGGAAUUUGUGGGUUGCAUCGGUGGCUGCGAUGAAAAUCUCAGGGAGAUCCUAGAUCUGAAGUACCUACAAGGCCCAGCCAGGGCUCCACCUCAGCCAAGUCAUUUCUCCCAUGAUGUCCACCGUUCCCUUAACGGGACGAUCCCCAGCCAUGGCCAGCGCUCGCUUGCUCCUCUGCCUGCCCCUGCCACGGCACCCAGGACUCCUGCAGUGCACACUGAUGUCGGUGAGAACAACGCCGUGGUGUGCAACUGCGGAGAGGAGGCCCUGCUGCUCACGGUCCGGAAGGAGGGGCCGAACCAUGGCAGGCAGUUUUACAAAUGCAGCACUGGCAGCUGCCGAUUCUUCCUGUGGUCCGACCAGCAGCAGCCAGACAACAGGCAGAACGGGAUGGCCGGGCUACUGGCACUGCCCCCAAGCUCUUUCCUGCCAGGGCAAAGAAGCACGGCAGGUCCCGGGAGGGAAGGUGCCAAUCCAGGAGCCAGCGCUGGCCGAGGUGGCGCUCUCUGCAGAUGCGAGCAGCCCGUGGUCACCAGGACGGUCCAGAAGGAAGGACCCAACAAGGGGCGCCAGUUCCACACCUGCUCCAAACCGAGGGAGCAGCAGUGCGGCUUUUUUGAGUGGGCAGAUGAGAGCCCAUUGCCUGCAGCCACCACCUUUCCUUCAAGCCGCUCCACGGGAGAAUGGGCCCAGCGGGGGCCAGGAACCAAAGCUAAAAGAUCAAACAGCGAUUCCUCCUUGACGGCACCUAUGAAGAGACCGAGGACGUGCAGCCUCUGCCACCAGCCUGGUCACACCAAGACGACGUGUCCGCAAAAUCACUGAAGCAGCGUGGCCCAUGAUGAGCCCAGGCUGAUUUGCCCAGGGGACUCCAGGCCUGUUUGCAAACAGAAGCGCUGAAGUGGUGGAACACCAGCCUCUUCCGGAAGUGGACUGCUGAAAGAUCAGGCUUGUUUCUUGCAAAGCAGGGACGCCCAGACCUCAGUUCUCCACAUAUUCUAAGUUUCAAAGAAUAGGUGGGAUUGGGGAGACUUUAGACUGUACCGCUUUGCUGACUUGCAUGAUUUAAAAAGCUUUUCUUUGGGAAUUUAAAUGGGGAGGGUGUGUUUCUCAAAGAACUGAAACUCAUUUUUAGGACUCGGGCUUUCUUAGAGAAUGUAAUUUUGAAGCUGAGCAAACUUUUCCUGUGUACAAAUCCUACCCCACCCCGUGAAUGAGAUGACUUGAUAAUUUAUUCAAAAGGAGAAUAUAUAAAACGCGUAUAAAAACAGCAGAGUUUAAGCUCAGUAUUUCUAACUUGUGUCCUGCUAAAUGCUAUAUUCUCAUGAUCAAAAGGGCAGCCACUGCCCAGGUCCAAACUGAUGUGGAUAUUUUUUAAAUUAAAAUAUAUGUUUGAUUUAAACUUUGUGUGUUGGGCGUUCCAGUAUUUAGCCGUAUCUAAGGAGUACUGAAAGUAUCACAAG